CCCGGCCCGGCCGCCCCCGGCCCCCCCCGGCCCCCCCGGCCCUCGAACCCGCCCGGCCCCGGGGGGCGCCGCCCCCAUGGACAGGAACUACCCCGGAGCCGGGUUCGGGGACCCGCUCAGCGCCGGGCCCGGCUGGAGCUACGAGCGCUCGGCCAAGGCCAGCCUGGUGUACGGGGGCUCGCGGGGGUCGCACCCCGACCCCGACCUGCUGCACCGACAGCCCUACGGAGCGCCCCACCCGCUGCAGGGCUAUGCGGCCAACCACCACCCGCCAGGGCUGUCGGGGCUCUUCGAGACGGGGCUGCACCACGCGGGGGGCGCGGCGCCCGACGCCUCCGUCAUGAACCUGAUCUCGGCGCUGGAGUCGCGCGGGCCCCAGCCCGGCCCCUCGGCCUCGUCCCUCCUGUCCCAGUUCCGCACGCCCUCCUGGCAGACCGCCAUGCACACUCCCGCUCCGGCCGAGCUCUUCAUCUCGGGAGCCCUUCCCGGCUCGGGCACCUUCCCGUCCUCCUCGGCGCUGGGCCCGUACCAGCACCCGGCGUCCUUCGGCGGCCGCAGCUUCCCGGUGGGCUCCCCGCUGAGCCUGCCCGAGGCCGCCUUCAGCCCCGGCUCCAACGGGCUGCUGUCGCCGCACGACCCGCUGCUGCACAUCAAACCGGCGCAGCCCGCCGUGCCCUCCUCGCUGGGCUUCGACCGCCUGGGCUCGGCCGUGCUGGGCUCGGCGCUGCCGGCGCAGACGCCUCCGUACCGCCCGGCGCCCGGUUCCUCGCAGUUCAACCUGCUGGCGGCCGCCGAGCAGCCGCCGCAGCUCUACAACGCGCCCGUUUUCGGCGGCGCCAACGCGGCGGGCGGCGGCGACCGCGCCAUUUCGCGGCAGGACAGCGUCAUCAAGCACUACCAGCGGCCCGGAGCGUCGCAAGCGCAGCUGCCGCCGACGCCGGGGCUGCAGCACUACCUGAGCUGCGGCGGAUCCUACCAGCAGGUGCCGGCGCACCGUGCCCCGCUGUCCUGCAGCCCGCUGGGCGAGCAGUCGCCCGCCAGCUCCGAGGGCUCGCAGCAGCCCCCCAAGGCCGCGCCCGCCGCGCCGCGCCCCGAGCCGGGCUACCGGCCCAUCAUCCAGUCUCCCGGCUACUCCGGCGGCGCCGGCGGCGCGGCGGGCAACGGCGGCGCGGCGGGCGGCAACGGCGGCAAGUCCAAGAGCUACUCGGCGUCGAGGCAGCCGCCGCCGCGCUCCACCAACACGCCCAAGUGCCAGAGCAGCUACACGCCCGGCACGCCCAAGCCCAGCUCCGUCAUCGCCAGCCAGUCGCCGGCCUACUCGCCGGGCCAGCCGCCCCAGAGCCUGCUGGCCAUGGGGGCAGCGCCCGGCUACACCGCGCCCGGCGCGCCCCAAAGCCUGCCCGGCGCGGCGCAGCCCGCGGGGGGCUUCAGCGGAGGGCAGGGCGGCGACCUGGGCGGCAAAGCCGGCGGCUACCAGGGCGGGGGGCAAGCCGGCGGGCAAGGGGGGCUGCAGCCCUGCGUCAGCGGCGCCGGCACCUACUCGCCCGAGCAGCUGCAGGCGCUGCCCUACGGUGUGCAGCCCGAGGGAGGGCAAGCGGGGGGCUACGGACCCCCGGCCCCCUCGCAGGGCUUGCCCACCGCCAGCCCCUCGCUGAGCUACAGCACCGGCCACUCGCCCGCCAUGCCCGGCCCGCCGCUGCCCUACGCCGGCCUGGGGGGCUCCAGCCCCUCGCCCAUCAUCCGCCCGCUGCAGUCGCCGCCGGCCGCCCGGCCGCAGAGCGGCGCGUCGCCGGGCCAGUCGCAGAAGUACCUGGGCUCGGUGCUGUCGCCGUCCUUCAUGGCCCCGCAGGGCUACGGAGCCGCUCCGGGCGGGGGGCUGGAGCGGCAGCCGCCCCCCGCCCCGCCGGGGGCACCCCCAAAUUUCGGCAAGGGGGCGAAAGGCGAGGCGGAGCUGCUGGCGGCGGAGCGCAGCGAGGACGAGGAUUUCCUGAUCCAGCACCUGCUGCAGGCGCCCAGCCCGCCCCGAGAGGGGCUGGGGGGCUGCGAGGAGCGCCCCAAAACUCUGGGGGGCUACGGGGGCGCGCUGGGCAAGGAGGAGCGGUACCAGCUGCAGAGCGUCAUCCGGCCCAACUCCAACCUGGAGGCGCCGCUGGAGCUGGCGCUGCUCAAGGAGAAGAAGAAGCCGGAGAGAGGAAAAGAGUUUCGGGGGGCCAGCGGAGGAGGAGGAGGAGGGGGCGGCGAGGUGGCGGCCACCUCGGUGGUCCACUACGGCCACCAGCCGCCGCCCACGCUGGACACCUACGAGCUGAAGAAGCCGCCCGAGCACCUGCCCGGCGGCAAGGAGCUGGGCCCGCCGCCGCCGCCGCACUCCUACCUGCCCAAAACCCCCGAGCACGGGCGGCUGGUGGGCGAGGGACCCCCGCUGGAGCCCCACAACCUCCUGCUGGACCCCUCCCCGGAGCUGGGGGGCUCGCUGCUGCCCUCGGUGCUGACCCACACGCAGAGCCAGCUGCACGGCCGGCCCAAGGGCAGGGCCCCGCUGGACGUUCACCUGCUGGAGCAGCAGCGGAUGCCGCCGCCCCCACCGCCGCCUCCGCCGCCCCCCGCCGCCCCCUCGGCCGCCGCGGCCCCUCCGGCCGCCCCCUCCCCGCAGCUGCUGCUGGAAGCUCACCUGCACCAGGUGCGCUCGCAGGGGUUGGACCCCCAGGCCCCGCCGCCGCUGCCCCCCGACUCCAUGGAGGUGCUGCCCCCUCCCCAGGAAAUCCAGGACUUCUUGGAGCCCCCCUUGGGCCUGGAACCGCACCUGGGGCAGAGCGCGGGGGUGCAGGGACCACCCGGGCACCUGCUGGACCCCGAGGGGGGCGUCCCGGCCGUGCCCCCCGAAGCCAAGGACCAGUUUUCGGAAGGGGGGAGCCCCGCGGGGGGCAAGGGGCGCUUCGUGCCCCUCACCUCCAUCUGCUUCCCGGACGCUCUGCUGCAGGACGAGGACCGCGGCUUCUUCCCCGGCAUGGAGGACAUGUUCGGACCGCCGCCCGAGGAUUUCCCCAAGCCCAGCGAGGAGGAGGAGGAGGAAGGCAGCGCCAACGCCGCCGGGCUGGAGGCGCGGCCCGAGGCGAUGAAACCGCCGCCUCCGUACGACAUGGGGCAGAGCUACCCCUCGUUCUGCCCGCAGGACGGAGGGGCCGCCGGGGAUCCCCCCCAGCUGGGGCUGGAGCCCCCCAAACACGAGUUACCCUCCACGGUGAACGCAGAACCGCUGGGCUUAAUCCAGAGCACCGGCGACGGGGGUCCCAAACCGCCCCCUCCUCCUCUCAGCACCCCUUUAUUCUGCUCCUCCAAACCCAAAAAGCUGCUGAAAACUUCAUCCUUCCACCUGCUGCGCAAGCGGGACCCCUUCCCACCCCCCAAAAAGACCUACGCGCAGGAGUACGAGUUCGAGGACGACGAGGAUAAAGCCGACGUGCCCGCCGACAUCCGCCUGAACUCGCGGCGCCUCCCGGACCUGCUGCCCGACCUCAUCUCCAGCUGCCGCCGGGCCCCGCUCACCCCCAUGGGCGACAUCGACUUCUGCCCGCACCCCGGGGCGCACCCCGCGCCCAAGAAGCGCGGCCGCAAACCCACCAAGCCCAAGCGGGAAGGGCCCCCCCGGCCCCGGGGCAGGCCCAGGAUCCGGCCCCUGGAGCCCCCCGGCUUCCCCGAGGGAGCCAAGAGGCCGCGGGGACGGGGCCGGGGCCGCGGCAAGAAGGGCGGAGAGGAUGGAGAGGGCGUGGAGCCGCUGCGGCCGCUCAAGAUCAAGCUGGCCGUCUCCAAGCCGGACGCCUCUCCCGGCUCCGUCCCCGGCUCCGUCCCCGCCAUUCCCGGCUCCGUCCCGGCAGCACCGGGCCCGUUCACCGAGGCACCGCCACCAUCACCGAACCGCGCCAAACCGCCGCAACCACCACCGCAACCACCACCGCAACAACAACCACCGCAACAACCGCAGCAGCGUCUGCGCGAGGCCGAGGAGAAGCAGCCCGAGAUGAAGUUGGGUUUCAUGGCUUCAUUCCUGGACUUCCUGAAAUCCGGCAAGCGCCAAGCGGCACCGCCCGGCAAAGCGCCCAAGGGCGGCGCGGCGCCCCCCGGCUUCGCCCCCGCCGUGCUCGGGGGGUCCCUGGAGGGCGGCGAGGCCGAGGGGACGCUGGUGAUGGCGUGUCCUUCGCCCUGCAAGCGCCUGGACGAGGAGCUGAAGAGGAACCUGGAGACGCUGCCCUCCUUCUCCAGCGACGAGGAGGACUCGGUCAGCAAGAACCAGGACCUGCAGAAGAGCAUCAGCUCCGCCAUCUCGGCGCUGGACGAGCCCCCCGAGCGCAGGGAGCCCCCCGAGGCGCACGGUGAGAAGACCUGCCAGGGCUUCAUAGGGACCUUCCAGGACCUGCAGAAGAGCAUCAGCUCGGCCAUCUCGGCGCUGGACGAGCCCCCCGAGCGCAGGGAGCCCCCCGAGGCGCACGGGACCUACCAGGACCUGCCAGGGGUUCAUAUGGACCUGCCAGGACCCAUGAACAGCCUCCAGGGCUUCAUAGGGACCUGCCAGGACCUGCGGAAGAGCAUCAGCUCGGCCAUCUCGGCGCUGGAUGAGCCCCCCGAGCGCAGGGAGCCCCCCGAGGCGCACGGGACCUUCCAGGACCUGCAGAAGAGCAUCAGCUCCGCCAUCUCGGCGCUGGACGAGCCCCCCGAGCGCAGGGAGCCCCCCGAGGCGCACGCCCCGCCGGGGUCCCCUCCCGGUACCGGGACCGGGGCCGGGACCGGGGGGUCCCCGAGCCCCCCCCGGGGGUCCCCGGAGCCGCCGGAGCCGCCGGAGCCGCCGGAGCCGCCGGAGCGGCCGCUGCACCUGGCGCAGAAACAGGGAACGGCCGCCGUGUGCGGGGACACCAGCGACGAGGAGGAGAGCGGGGGAGAGGGGAUAUUCCGGGAGAGGGACGAGUUCGUGGUGAGGGUGGAGGAUAUCCCCGCACUCAAGCUGGCGCUGCAGACGGGCCGGGAGCCGCCGCCCAUCUGGCGGGUGCAGAAGGCGCUGCUGCAGAAAUUCACCCCCGAGAUCAAAGACGGGCAGCGGCAGUUCUGCGCCACCAGCAACUACCUGGGCUAUUUCGGGGACGCCAAGCACAGGUACCAGCGGCUCUACGUCAAGUUCCUGGAGAACGUCAACAAGAAGGAUUACGUGAGGGUCUGCUCCCGGAAACCCUGGCACCGCCCGCUGGCGCUCAGGAGACAGCCCCACCCCAAGCCCAGCGCCCCCAAAGCCCCUCCCCCGCCCCGCCCCGAGCCCCCCGACAAACCCCAAAAAGCCGAAAAAACCCCCAAAUCCGACAGAGCCCAAAAAGCCGAGCGGCCCCCCCGGAGCGACCCCCCCGCCCCCCCCCCCCCGCGCCCCCGCCCCCCCCCCGCGCCCCCCAAAUCCAAACCCAAACCCCCCAAAGUGAAGGCGGAGCCGCCCCCCAAAAAACGGAAAAAAUGGCUCAAGGAGGCGGCCACGAGCUCCGAGUCCGAGUCCAGCCCCGACCCCCUGAGCGAGGAGGAGCGGGCCCCGCCGGGGCGGGUGCUGAACACGCGGGCCAUGAAGGAGAUGUACCGCAGCUACGUGGAGAUGUUGGUCAGCACCGCCCUGGACCCCGACAUGAUCCAGGCCCUGGAGGACACCAACGAUGAGCUGUACCUGCCCCCCAUGCGCAAGAUCGACGGGAUCCUCAACGACCACAAGAAGAAGGUGCUGAAGAGGGUGACCCUGAACCCCAGCCUGCAGGAGGCGCUGCACACCUUCCCGCAGCUCCACGCCGAGCCGGGCGAGUCUCUGGUGCGGCUGCGCCCGGGGGGGGACCCGUACAACCGCAAAACGCUCAGCAAGGUGAAACGCAGCGUGGGCAAGCCCCAGGAGUUCAAGGUGGAGGUGGAGAAGUCGCUGCUGUACACGCUGUACCACUCCCUGCACCACUACAAGUACCACACCUUCCUGCGCUGCAAGGACGAGACCACGGCCAUCGAGGGCCGCGCGGAGGACCUGGGGCAGGAGGAGGUGGUGCAGCGCUGCAUGCGCAACCAGCCCUGGCUCGAGCGCCUCUUCGACUCCUUCAGCGACCUGCUGGCGCAGGCGCGCGCCAAGUGCGCCUGAGCCCCCGCACCGCGACGGGGACACCCCCAAAUGGGACCUGGAAACGGGGUGACACCCCCAAACGGGACCCCAAAAACGGCCUGGUACCCCCGAAAACAGGACUGGGACAGGGACACCCCAAACGGGACCUCGGAAAUGGGGUGACACCCCCUAAAACGGGACCUGGGAACGGGGGACACCUUCAAAAAUGGGACCUCGGGAACGGGGGACAUCCCCGAAAACGGGACUGUAAAAAAGGGUGACGCCCCCAAAAACGGGACCCCAAAUACGGCCUGGCACCCCCAAAAACGGGACCCCAAAUACGGCCUGGCACCCCCGAAAACGGGACCCCAAAUAUGGCCUGGCACCCCCGAGAAUGGGACCCUAAAAAGGGGGUGACACCCCCGAAAACGGGACC